AGUGUCGCUGUCAGAUGAGCGCGUGUGGAGGCCGACCUGUGGCCAGUCACACAUCAACCUGCAGGGAGGGCAAAGUUUACAGAGGAGCCAGUUUAUCAGCUCUGAAUUCCCGCAGAGGACUCACACAGAGCCGGACUGAGGACUCACACAGACCCCUGGCUGGAGACUCGCACAGAACCGGGCUGAGGACUAACGCAGAUCCGGGGCUGAAGUCCUAGGGAAUCACACAGACCCGGGCUGAAGACAAACAUAAACACGGGCUGAAGCUGCACGAGAAGCCGGCGUGUGCAGCAUGUAGUCGGGACUGAAGAAGACUGUUGUGUGUUUCAGCUCCAUUUCCCUGCUGUCUGCCCCUGCCCUCCUGCUCGGACCAGAUCCCCUCCGGGUGACCCACCGGAGCCAUGGGCGGGAGUCUGGGCUGCCACCGCUCCAUCCCCAAGGACCCCACAGACUUCAGCGGCGGUAAGCGCAAAUUCAGCGCUGCGUGUAACUUCAGCCACAUCCUGGUGAACCAGGAGCGGCUCAACAUCAACACCGCCACCGAGGAGGAGCUCAUGACCCUGCCCGGAGUCAACCGCACCGUGGCGCAGAACAUCGUGGAGUACCGGGACUGCAUCGGUGGGUUUAGAAAGGUGGAGGACCUGGCUCUGGUGAGCGGGAUCGGAGCCGCCAAACUGGAGGUGAUCAAACUGGAGAUCUGCGUCUCGAGCAGGACCAGCUCGUCUCAGCACUCCCCGUCCUCCCUGCGCAAAGACCUGGAUCACCAGUCCGGCACCGGGAUGAACAUUAACACCGCCACCCCGGCGCAGCUUAUGAGCAUCCGGGGCAUCACGGAAAAGAUAGCUAAGAACAUAGUGGCGUACCGAGCCGAGCACGGUCCGUUUAAGAGUAUCGAGGACCUGGUUAGGGUGAACCACAUCAACAGCUCUCUGCUGGACAAAAUCCGCUUCCAGGUGUUCGUGGAGCGCUCCAGGGCGCCGUCCACAAACACCAACGGAGGGCUCACCUGCACCACCAAGUCCCAUCCGAGCCCGACGUCGUUCAGCCUCAUGAGCGACGACCUGGACCUCCCCCCCGGAGGACCGACCCAGAUCAUCUCCGUGCGGCCCAACGUGGAGCCUCCCACCGGCCUGCGGGACGGGAAGCCCGUGGUGCGGCUCGCGACCUGGAGCCUGCAGGGCUGCUCCGGCGACAAGGCCAACAACCCGGGGGUCAAAGAGGUGGUGUGCAUGACCCUGCUGGAGAACGACAUCAGGUUGCUGGCGGUGCAGGACCUGCUGGAGCGGGAGGCUCUCGAUAAGUUCUGUGUGGAGUUAAACCAAGGAACACUGGCCAGCGUACGGAGGUGGAAAGGACCACGAGGGCUGUGGAAAAGUGUUGUGUCUGAAAAACCGACCGCACAAUCCAGCAAGGGCGUGAGCUACUCUGGCUUUCUGUGGGACAGUUCGUCCGGUAUCGACCUGAAGGAUGCCGCGGUCCUGGAGUCUCCUGUCGUCAACGGCAACGGGAGCCAUACCUACCCUCGGCUCUUCCUGGCUCACUUUACUGUUGGUUCUUACGAUCUGUCAGUGGUGAACGUCCACAUGCAGGCAGCGGCUCCAUCAGGCGAGUCCAAUGGAAAGAACCACCACACGGAUGAAGCCAAGUGUCAGCGGCUCUCCCCCAGCAUCCAGGAAACCCUCAAAGCUGAGAAGGAGCUGGUGGUGCUGGGAGAUUUUGGCGCCCCUCCCCAGAGCUCAGAUCUGGACAUACUGAGGAAGGAGAAGCUCUGUGCCCUGAUACCGUCCACCCAAUUCACCAACAUCAGCACCAGCUCACCACAGGGCAAUCGCUGCCUGGACAACAUCUGGCUGAGUCGCUCCCUGAAGAAGAUCUAUUCCGGCCACUGCAUGGUGGUGCGGGAGGCCUUGACCAACCCCUGGAUCCCGGACAACUGGUCGUGGGGCGGUGUGGCGUCGGAUCACUGCCCUGUGGUGGCUGAGUUAUAUGUAGAAGUGUCCCAGAAGGAGCUGAGCCGGCCUGGUAUGGCCGUGGUGGACAGAGGAGACAUUAUGCCCAAACAUGAGCGGUGACAAGAUCCACAGUGAUGGACAAAAAUCACACCUUGUCCUGCCUGAAUCCUGCGCUGUCCUGGUUAGCAGGGGAGCGAAGGAAGAGUUUCCUGAUGAAUGUGAAGAAGUGCCAAGAUUGCCUUUUGGAUUCAAAUUUCUAAAUGUAUGAUAAUACCUGGGGAAACAUAGAGCUAUCAAAAAUGUUCAGACAAAAUAUAUAUAUAUAUAUAAUGUACUUUAAAAAGAAAUGUGCCGCACAUUUUCUAUCUGUGUAUAUAAUAAAGAGAAAUUCAAAUAUGUA